AAACGGUGCAGAGGCAGGGCCAAAAGAAAAGAGCCAAUGAUGGGAGAGAGAAGCUUGUGCCGCUGAGCUGAGACGCCAAGAGCUGCAAGGAGUGGCGGAGGGAGCGGGGGAGUGCACGAGCAACGGCUGGAAGUGCAUGAGAGCGCUUAGGAGGAAAACAGGUCGAGGAGUGAACGCGGGGGAGGGGGAGAGUGGAAGGCAGAGCGAUAGGUGGAGCACCAGAAAGAGGAGAGUGCAUCUGUUGACUAGCAUCUUCUAAAGGACUGACCCAGACACAGGGGAAAUCAUGGUCAACAUCACUGCCACCGUACACCCAAGUAAUCUCCCAUGGCACCAAGAGGCAGCCUCUCUUUCUCACGUCUCCUUGCAGGUGCAGGAAGUCUACCCCUUCCACGACGGCUGGAAUGUGGCGUGCUUCGUCAUCCUGCUACUCUUCAUCCUCACUGUCCUGUCUCUGGCUGCCUUGGCCGUGCUCUAUGAGCUACUUGACUGUGGGUGCUGUGCCAAAGGGAAGACACAUCACCAGCUCCAGGAAGAAGGGCCAGGGAGCUGCAGCAGGCUCAUGACCAGCGUUUGCAAGGAGCGAGAAUCGCAGACUGAGGUGGUAUAGAGGUAGCGAUGAUGAAGGAAAGGAAUAGUAGGAAUUUGAUUGUCAUUGCUGAGCUGGGCAAUACCACAACUCUGACUCUGAUGCCCUGGAAAUUAAUUCCUUAGAGCUAUGUAAUAGUUAGGAGGGAACAGACAAGAUAAGAGUAACAGAACACUGUAAAAAAAAAAAAGGGGGGCACUUUUUCACUUAUUUGGAGCAAAACUAACUCGCUAUUCAUUUCAAUUAAGAGGAAAAAGCUCACACAUCUUCACUACCACUUAACACAGAGGGCAGACCCUGAAAGACAAUGUUUAUACCGGAGAUAAUCCGGAGAUAGAGAGUUGAUAUAGUAUAAAGUGUGAGAAAAAAAACAACUAACACAAAUCUGCAGCACAAUUUGUAGGCAGUAACAGAAUGAGUAUGAAUGAGGUGGGACAUUUUUUCUUUUCUUUUUUUGUGUGUGGAGUAAAAGCCAAAACAUGUUGACUUAAAUAAAAAAAAAAGACACUGAUCACAACAAAUAUCGAGUUUUAGCAACUUCUGCCCUUUGAGUACUGCACAUACUUAUGACCUGAUGGAGACAAAUGAAUUUCUAUCAGAGAUGGUAGAAUGUUGUACACUGUCCAAAUCUAAGAAUUUGCCUGCUUGUUUCCCAAAAGGGCCUGACAAGCAACAAAGUUAUAAUUGGAUAUCAUUGUUGCUUUGGAUAAAAGCCUGUGUUUCUAUGUUCUUCAGUAAAUUGUGUGCAAGUGCCGUCAACAUGUUAAUCGUUGCAACAUUAUAUGACACUUGGUUGCUGCACAGUGAUGUAAUUUAUCGUGUCAUGUUGAAGACAAUGUAAAAUUGCAUAUGCCUUACCACAAAAUGCCUAAUAAAUUGUCACUUAAUCAUCUAA